UAUUAUAAUAAUAAAUAUUAAAACUUGUACAAAUAGUAGUCACGUUCUUGGGUUGGGUGUAGAGAUACAGAGUAGAGAAUCAUUGCCUAAUAAGUCGAUGAGGAUGAUGAUGAUGAUGAAGAUGAUGAUGAUGCUUGAUCAAACUAAUCACAACCGUCCAUUUCAAUCUUCCCAACUUGGGAUUUUUGAUCAUCUUAAUAAUAAUAAUAAUGGUCCUACAAUUACUUCUUCUACUACUACUUCUAACACAACAACACCAACAACACCACCUAUGACUAAUCACAAUAACAAUAUAUAUUGUUCUUCUUCUUCUAAUAUUAUUACCACUGCUACUCCUUCUGCUCCUUCUGCUGCGGCUCCUGUCUCUUACACCACCGCCUUAAGAUCCCCAGGUGGAUUCAUGGCGGCGUCUGUGGGUUUUCCUUUCACUAAUGCACAGUUAAGAGAGUUGGAAAGACAAGCUAUGAUAUUCAAGUACAUGGUGGCAUCUGUACCUGUUCCACUUGAUCUUCUUCUUCCAUUUAACAGAACUAUGUCUGGUUCAGCUAUCCCAAUCCAUUACCCAUUUGGGGGAAGUGAAUACAAGUUGAGAUUUUCAAAUGGAACAGAUGCUGAGCCAGGGAGAUGUAAAAGAACUGAUGGUAAAAAAUGGAGAUGUUCUCGUGAUGUGGCACCAGACCAAAAGUACUGUGAGCGUCACAUGCAUAGAGGUCGUCCCCGUUCAAGAAAGCAUGUGGAAGUUCAACUCAACAACAACAACAACAACAACAACAAUAGUAAGAGGACUCGUCUUGAUAACAAUCAACAACAACAACAGCAGCAACAGCAACAUACUCUUUCAGUUUCAUCUUCUGCAAGUUUAGCAACUUCUACUACUAAUUCUAGUAUUACUAAUCAUCCUCAAUGUCAUCAAAAUCACUUCCUUGGAUCUUCUACUACUGCUCUCCCUUACCAUCCUUCUCCUGUUUUUAUUGACAAACCAGCUUUUGAAUCUAUGCCAUCAGAUAAGGAAGCAAGGAGUUUGGAGUGGAUGAUGAAAGGUGAAGAUGUAACUAUGGCUGCAUCUGAUCCAAGAUGGCUUCAUCUGAUGCAAUCUUCUUCAAAGUCUUCUUUCUGUGACAACAACAAUAGUUCUUCUAUCUUUAACCAACAUGGUGAAGAGGAGCCAUUUCUGAACUUGAAUUCUUAUGGGAGUUUUGGUACAGGAGGAGAAGUUGAACAGGAAAGAGAGUGUGCUAUGUUUCUCAACCCUGAGGAUGUGUCUUUGGAUAAUAAUAAUAAUCAUCAUCAUCACCAGCAACAGACCAAUUCUGAGACCCCAAGAAGUUUCAUUGAUGCAUGGUCAAAGACAAACAUGACUCAUAGUAGUUGUAGUAGUGUUAACCAAAGUUCUGUUACAUCACAAGGGAGGCUUUCACCUUCUUCACUCACUCUCUCAAUGGGGGGUUAUGGCGCCAUCAAUGAUGAGAUGGGUACUAAACCACAUGUGUCAAACUGGUUGACCCCUGAUUCAUCUUGGGCUCCUGCAGGUUCACCACCAGGUGGUCCAUUGGCUGAGGUUUUGAGAUCAAGCUCAUUGACUGCCACAACAACAACAACUAGUGCUGCAUCUGAUCCAUCUUCGCCAUUCGCGGUCGGGAAUGGAGAUUCGGGUAGUCCACAGGCUACUGCUGUUUCUUCACCAUCUGGGGUUCUUCAAAAAACAGUCACUUCAUUAUCUGAUAGCAGUGGUUGUAGUAGCCCAGGUCUUGGAAUUUCAAAGGUGAAAGCUGAGAUUGCUUUGCUUUAAAGUUUGAAUAAACAAUAGAACAAAACAAAACAAAGGGUCCUUAUUUGGUUUGUGAUUUUGAUCAAGCAAGUUACUUUUUAGCAAGAGAUUGUGUAUUUAAGUAGAGUUAUUUUUCUUUGCUGUCUUUAUAUUAGAAUACUCUGUCCCCUUUCUGUUGCCAAGAUUGUGUAUAUUGCUAUGUUUGUUCUUUCUUGCAAUGGUUAAUGGCUUUAAGUUAAAGCUAGUGCCAAAGCAUUACUGUGUGGACUGUACUUUGAGGCUUACUUACUUUGUCUGUGUUUCUUUAGACAAGAAAAAACUAUGUAUGCAUUUGACUUAAUAAUAGUCUCAACUUUCUACUGAUUACCAUUUA